AUCUGGCCAUGAUGAAACGCGUCGUCAAAGAAUACAACGAAAAGUUUCGCGCGCUGGCCGAUAGCGGGCGCUACGAUGGCAGAGACGACUUUACUGUGGUCUACCAGCCUUACAUGGAGGACGCACCGCUACCAAUUAAGGCAGACGGGAAACCAGAUAUGACGUUUGUCGCACCCGAUUGUUUUCACUUCUCAAGCCGUGGGCAUGAAUCUAUUGCACUGGCCAUGUGGAACAACAUGUUGGAGCCCGUGGGGAAAAAGACCAAGGCAGCGUUGGUCACCAGUGAUAUGUACUGUCCAACAAAGGAACAUCCGUACAUAUUUACGAAACAGAACAGCAUCACACCUGAUCAAGGAGAGCUGUAGGCAGGAGACAGGAGGCGG